AGAAAAAUCAGUCAGACGCCUGGUCCCUCCUUCUGAGUUUGGCGGGUAACCUAGCAACGCAGGUACAGAGGUGGUAACUGUGAAUACAGAAAGCUGGAGCACUUGGAGCAGGGUGUGAAGGAUAAUAAAAGCAGGAGACCCACCCAGGCUACCAAAGUCUCAGUCUCCCAGGACAUACAAAGACAAAGAAGGCUGCUCACCAAAUGGCGUUAGACAGCCUCACCUUGGUCCCUCUGUACAAAGGCUCCAAUAGCAACAGAAUAAGGCUGAUGGCAGAGACAUCCAAAAAGUCAGCCUCCCUGCUAAAAUCCUUGGUCCCCUCGAAGAGCAAACUCACCACCAUUGAGACCAAGAGGAUCAUGUCCGUACUAGACGAGACCAUCCACAAGGUGAAGUUGGUGAGCCUGCUGUCGUCUGCAGCAUCCAAUAACGAGGGUCUGGAGGGGAUGCUGGGAGAGGACAUCACGAAAGCAGUGAGAGAAAACGAGGACCUCUGCCAGCUCCUCCUGGACAAAGCCAAUUACCUGCAGGAGGAAGAAAUGCGGUUGCACGAGGAAGAAGAGUUCGAGGACGAAGGCUGGUUCAGAGACCGCCUCCUCUCCAUACAGCAGCAGAAGUCCCACCUCCUGCCACUUAAGCAGCAGAUUAAAGAAUCCACCAAGAACACCCUAAGACUCUUGCUCAAUAACCCGCAGGCUGCCAGGUUCUUGCAGAUGCAGUUGCUGGACAGAAGUGCAGAAGCCCAGAGUUUUAUUGAUAGCCUGACAGAACUCCGGGGUUUCCUGUUUGAGAAGCUCCUCACUAGUCCUAUGGAAGCCAGAGACAAGGCUCAAUUCAUACAGGAUGUCACUAGACAGAACAAGAGGAACCAAGAAGUCAUCAAUGACCUUGAAAGUGAAUUGGCGGAGAGCUUGAAGAACAGGGAUGCAGAGGUGCAGAAAGAGAACUUUGUGAUCCAAGAACUGAAAAAUCACCUGCACCAGGUGCUCAGGUUCUCAGAGAACAGCCUCCUUCGCACUAAGCAUGAGGCCGAGAAGCAGCAGAAGGCGGACGUCCGGGCCUCGCAGGCCAGGGUGGCCAAGAUCCGGCAGGAGAUCCAGCAGCUGCGGUCACAGUUCCACAACCUGCUCAUGGAGAACCGGGAGGCAGAGCAGGCGCUGAGGAAGAAGAAAUAUAAAGUGGAGACGGAAAUCGAGAACUGGAUCCAGAAAUACGACAUAGAGAUGAGUGAAAAGCAGGACGAGUACGAGGAGCUGGACAUCAUCCACAAGGAGGAGAAGGCCCAGUUGGAGCAGCUGAAGGACAGGCACAAAGCACUGUUGGAGGAGUUCUCCCAGAUCCGGGCCGAGCAGGAGAUCAACUCCAAGAAGAACCUGGAGGCCGAGCAGGAGAUGGUGCGCAUGGUGCGGGCGGCCACCCUCAUCCAGGCCGUGUGGAAGGGCUACCUGGUCCGCUCCGUGCUCAGGUCCAAGAAGAGGAAGCGGGGCAAGGGCAAAGCGAAGGACAAGAAGGGGAAGGCCAAGGGCAAGAGAUGAGGCCCCUCCCCCUAGGCAGCUCUGAGCCCUGUACCGUUUGCGCCCCUCACCUCUUGGAGAGCAGGCCAGGAAGCCACUGGAACAGGGAGCCCCGCGAUGCUGGCUUUAAUGCUUUUUCAAAAUGAAACACUGUUUUAAAGCACAUCCUACAAGUAAACCUCGUUUUACCCAGGGCCGUUGGCUGUGUGCAUGUUUGAGCUUGCUGAUGCCGUUACCAUGAGAGCACGUAGGCCGGGGCGUCAGCAC